GGAGGUGGUUGGGGGAGGCAUACGCCUGGUAGACAUACGCAGUACAUAACCCAGUACCAACAUUCAGUAUAUUCUAGGAGUAUACGCGUGUGUGUCUCUCUGUGUAUGUGUUUGAUUGGCACACCACGUGACAGCCAGCAGGCAAGUGACGAAUACAACCGUUCUUGUGAGGAACAUAGCUCGUAUAUCAUAUCCAGGCCCCGCCCCUCGCCCCGCCAUAGAUCCACCGCCUCGGGCAGAUUAUCCGUAUAAAAAGCGAAAGUCGCCAGGCGCGAACUAAAACUCAUUCAACUGGAGUAAUCAGCGUGCUUAUCAUCUGUUCAUGACUUUCAAGCUGCCUACAUUUGACUCGUAUUUCGCAGUGACUAUGGAAUUACCCAAACUGAUUCUGGUCUGUCCCUUGCUGUUGUGCCUAGCAGCGCUUCCAUACAGCUCUACGGAUGUGUCGAAGACAUGUAAAGCGUUGUGCCAGGGACCAUCGGUCAUCACGUAUUGUCGAAGUUUGGUGAGAUACUUUGAAAAGGGAAGAGUAGUGGACCAUGCCAACGUAAUCUUCACCUGUUGUUUGGGCUACAGCCUUGCUUCUACCGAAAUCAACUACAUUUCAUACGAGUUUCACAACCCGGAUGAACUGAACCAACUCGUUGGCAUAUUGAAGGAGGUUCGAAGCCUGGAGAUGGCCGCCACGUAUGCCAAGUGUAUUCGAGAUUGCAGCUGGGGCGAAUUCCAGACAUGGGACGUGGAAGAGGUCAAAUUGUGUGUGAAUGGUACGGGGAGCUGUGCUCAUUACGACUGCCCUGUCGAGGUCGACACAUUGGCCGCAGUUGACAAGUCAACGUAACGUUGCCGCUGAUGUCGCACACAAUAUUGUCUGGCGUACAACGUUGAUGCCAUUGCAUUAUGACGUGCUCAUCACGUGGUGCUACAGUUAUCACGUUGCGUCCAACGACAGCCUGACGUGUCGUCGUGUCCCACACGGUGCACUUCGGUGUCCACCAUGCCGUCGCCGUCGCCGCCGAACCACCACGUGGAGAUCGUAUUGUCCUAGCCAACUACUGACCAAUACUAUCCAACACAUUUAACACAUAGACUCUAAACACUAUUACAUGCAAGCAGUGAGGAGACCUGGGCUCCAAAUGUGUGUGGCUCUCCGCAGUGUACUUCCGUCAUUACCUCAUGUACAAUAGCUGUCGUACGUCCAUCAUUAUAACACCGUUCCUUAUUCGUUUAAAGAGAAGCAUGCAUGCACACCUAAUCGUCGACAACAUUAAACUCUAUGUUUACAUAUCGUUACAUCCAUUCCUAUCCAAGUGUUACUGCUAUUUGCAUUAACCUCUUUGUUUUAGUUGCAAUACAUUUUAAGUUACACACAGUUAAAAGUCAAACUGUUAUUAGAAAGUCUUCUAUGCGUGUUAUCAGAUGAGUUUUGUGAGUUAUUCUACUGCUGACAUUAAUACCUUUGUUGAACAUUUUUUAAAGUGAAAAGAUCCCCUUUUACAGAGAAGUGAAAACGUUAAACCCAAAUCCCGAUUUGAAAUAAACAUGCAUUCCAAGAUUUGAAGAUGUCUAAGCACUUGAUUAGUUUGGCUAGUUCGUACCAAUGUUUACUACCUGACACUUUAAAUACACCACUAUCUGCAGUUCAUAAUAAUAAAGGUAUACUCCUCGCGGGUAGCUCCAUACUUGUGAUCAAGAGUAGAAGUAUGUUUCUUGAGUUCGGUGUUCUACACAGCUAUGUGCACACGCAUAGACAGCUGAAUAAUUACCACAGUCGUUGUGACCCUUCCGCUCGGAGCUGAGCUCACUACUCCCCGUUACUUACACUUUACUUAAUCAUUUCACGCAUCAGCACAUGGAGGCGCGUAAACCCGCGUUAAUGUAUGAUCAUGACAAAUUGUAUCACUUUCAGAUAAAUGUCAGAUGAAUCAAUGAGUAGAUUAAGUAGUAAAACAUCGACUACUUAAACAAGAUCCUUUGAUGCAGCCACCCUGUGACAGAAGACUCUUGCAGGAACAGUAGUAUCUACAGCAUGCAGCGUCCUCGGCGUGCCGAAGUCAAGAUCAGGUGGGAUGGGUCACCCACAUCAUGGUCCCUCCCAGAUUCUCCUCAGUCGAAGAGAAAUAAUCUCUUCGGUCGUUUUCCUUUUAUUAUAUGUUAGUUUCAGCUUGCUUGAAGUCUGUGGAUGUGCAAUUAUUUACGAACCAAGUGCUCCUUGUAAAAUAUGUCUGUACCCGUUUAUGUGUGUGACAGUAUUAUAUAAUGUAUUUGAUACUAACCGUCUGUACAUACAACUUGUGUCAAGUAACCAAAGCAAGUACUGAAUAUAAAAAAAUAUCUAUGAAUAAACUUUUCACUUUUCA